AUGACUCACAAAGACGGAAAUGAGUCAGACAAUGAUGAGGUCCAGAAUCAGAUGAUGUCACAAGAAACAGUGUUAGCCGAAGAGAUAAGGAUACUAAGACAGCAAAUGACGGAGAUGUACGAAGCUUGGAUGAGUGGACAAGCUCCACCGCCUUCAAUCCGUGACUAUCUAAAUAUAAAUAUGUCACCCCCUGUCCAAGUAUCGAUAAGUGAUCCAAUUUAUCCACCUGGAUUCGGUCCCGCAUCCAAUGUAGCUGGAACUUCUACGGUGCACCCUUUGAAUACGCCUAUGACAAGUAAUCCACUAUUCAUUCCAACUGCGCCGACUAAUGUCGUUCAACAACCUAUAAUGGAGCCAAAAUCCAACAACGAUCCUCUACUUAAAGUUCAAUAUGAUCGAGAUUAUACUCCUGAAUUGACUUUUAAAAUUCCAAGCUCUUACCCUCACACUCAUCAGUAUAGUUCCCAUGUUGAAGCUGAAAAAAGUGUAAGAGAUAUGCAAGGAUUGGGAGGUCACAAAAGUGUCUCGUUCAAUGAUUUGUGCAUGUUUCCCCACGUUCAUCUACCCAUCGAUUUUAAAACUCCAAAGUUCGAGAAAUAUGAUGGACAUGGAGAUCCUGUAGCUCAUUUAAAGAGAUAUUGUAAUCAAUUGAGAGGGGCUGGAAGCAAAGAAGAAUUGCUCAUGGCUUAUUUUAGGGAAAGUUUGAUGGGAAUUGCCUCAGAAUGGUUCCUAGACCAAGAUACUUCUAACUGGCAUACAUGGGAUGAUUUGGCUCGAUGUUUUGUUCAACAAUUUCAAUAUAACAUUGACAUAAUUCCAGAUCGCACUUCACUUGUCAACAUGAGGAAGAGGACCAUUGAAAAUUUUCGUGAAUAUGCUAUUAGGUGGAGGGAGCAAGCUGCUAGGGUUAAGCCUCCAAUGAAAAAGUCUGAAAUGAUCGAUGUUUUCCUUCAUGCGCAAGAACCAAAUUACUUUCAUUAUUUACUUUCCGUUGUUGGAAAAACAUUUGCUGAAGUUAUUAAGAUUGGUGAAAUGGUGGAAAAUGGCAUCAAGUCUGGAAAAAUUGUAAGUCAAGCUGCCUUGAAAGCUACAACACAGGUGAUUAAAAAUGGAUCAGGAAAUUUUGGGGGAAAGAAAAUGAAGGAGGAUGUAGCAAAUGUUGUGUCAGGCACACAAAAAAGUCCAAGGGGUCCACCUUAUCAAUCUGCACCACCUCAAUACCAUCACUAUCUCCCUAUGCAAGACACACAAUAUUCUGUUGUUCCACCUCAAUAUGCGGUUUACAAUGCACAACAAUAUGCAUACCCACCAAACUAUCCUCAAUGGCAAGCGCCAACAUAUCAAAAUGUUCACUCUUCUUCUCAAAAUUUUCGAGCACCUUAUAAUCUUUGUCCGAGACAGGGAUUUGGAGGAGGUCAAAGGCCUCGAAACAAUUUCACACCAAUUGGAGAGUCUUACACAAGUUUAUUUAACAAGUUGAAACAUUUGAAGAUAAUAGAGCCGAUUCCUCAAAAUUAUGUGGAUCCACAUACAAAGGGUUUCAAUCCUACAGCACGAUGUGCAUACCAUUCUGAUGCUCCAGGGCACAGUAUUGAAGAUUGUCGUGAUUUUAAAAAAAAGGUGGAAGAGAUAAUUCAAACAAAGAUGAUUGUGGUUCAAAAUGAUGACCCCCAAAUGUUACUAAGAAUCCUCUACCGGCGCAUAGUGAUGUACACUUUAUCGAGAUGA